CUAAACUUAAUUAACUAUCUAAACACUUCAUAAAAUCAAAUUAAACUUCAAAAGUGUUUACUAUACACAAAAAUAAACACUUAUAGGUAAAAUUUUAAUUUUUCAAAAAAAAACCUUCAAGCUUUCCAAAAUCUAACCCUAAGAAUACAUACAAUACUACAACAUAUGUUGUCAAACUUAAAACCGAAGAAUAUCGUGAUUAAUUACUUUCACUCAUCUAUGCUGAAAACAAUUCAAUUUUAUUAUAUCUUAAUUUAGAUUACUUAAAAUUGUUUGUAAUUACAUUAUUUUAAUUUUUCAUUUGUCAAAAUAAUUUUUUUAAAAUUUAAAAAUUUAUUUUUAAAAUCAACUACACUAGACGGCUUGCUUGGAAGUCAAGUAAGUCGUCAAGACGACUUCCGGCAUUUCAGACGACUUACUAGGGUUAUAUUCGUAAAAAUAGUUUCUGUUUUUUUGUUUAGUCACAAAAAGCUGACUGUAAUUUCACAAGACUUUUAAAUUAGUUUUGUAUUUGAUUAAAGUUUAGGUAUAUGUUUGCAUUAAAAAUUAUGUUUUGAGUCAUAUUUGGCGAAUCCCCCCUAGAUUCAAUCCAAAUAUGCCACGGGCGAUACAUUAAAAUGGGACUCAUAUAACUUUUUACAGAAAACUUAGACCAUCUCCAAUGGAGUAUCUAUGAAGGUUUUAUCUCAUGGUUCUAAGUAAUUUUAUAUUCAAAUUAAAUCAAAAAGAAGAAAAAUAGAUAGAUGUGGUUCUAAAAAUAGAUGUUUUGGAACCACUUCUAAGUGAUAGAUGUCACUUACUGACAGGGUAGUAAUUUAAAGGAAAAAAAAUUAAAUCCAAUUGUUUUUCUUUCUCUUUCAAAAUUUUGAAAUUUAGAACCUUUAAUUGGUUCUACCAUUGGAGGAAUUAAAACUAAACAAGUACUUAAAAUUUUUAAUUUGAUUAUUUUUAAUGAAAAAUUGAUUUAAAACUCUAACACAAUAUCUAUUGUUGGAGAUGGUCUUAAAAAGUAAUUUUUGUGGAACAAAAGUUAUCCGAGAACAUUUCCUCGAAACAUAAUGACUUAACCAACAGCUUUUCGAGCCAACUAAGUUUUACAGCAAAGCUUAAUAAAAUAAAACUAAACAAUUUUUUUUACGAAACUGGAGCCCAAAGACGUUUCUUUAAUGUACACCCAGAGUCGAGCACUAAGUCACAGCGAGAACACAGCAACGGGUAUCCUUGGCCUAUGGGCAACUUCUUCAUGAAGGAAGAAGGGGACGUGAAUCAUGUGUCUGAAGGAAGGAUGGGAUUUUCUGGAACAUUCAUGCGUUUUGGUUCAUUGUGGUGAUGCAAAUGGCGGCUGGAUUGUUUCAGACCGUCUGUUGUCGGGAACUGGUUAGGGAAGAGGAAGAGGAAGAAGAGGUUAUUGUGGGGAUUCGGAACGGACGGUCAUACUUGAUAGCUAGCUACUCGUGUUCUUCAUCAAUAUGGUUGGGGAUGGUGUGCACAAUCUUUAACUUCUUCUUGCUUUCUUGUUUUGGAAUGGUUAAAGCUAAACCAGAGGUUAAUCACUUCUGAAUGGUUUGAUACUAAGUUGUCCUUGUACUCUCUUACCAGGCCUGGGCGAAUGAGAGUCUACUCAGAGAACAAAACCAAGAAGUUGCUACUCUAAGGUUCUUUUUUCCUUUAAGGUCUUACACAUUUUCAUUUCACAGGUUUACUUAGUGAGGAGUUUACAUAUGGAUGCUACUUUUUUCUUUCUUUCUUUCUUUCCAAAUAUGCAGAAGGGAGCGUGAUCACUUUGAAGCUGAGAGGUCCUAAAAUGUACAUAAAAUAUCUGAACUUGAGGAGCGUUUUCAGGAGAAAGAGAGACAAUACGCUGAAUUGCAGGAACAGGUUCUCUCAUGAAUCUUGUAGUGUUAUUUUGACAAUGAAUAAUUACACUAAACAUUAGGUUCUUUAUCUUGUAGAAUAGGAUUGCUCAAGAAACAAGGAUGAGCAGCUGAGAGAAGCAUGAGCUUGCCAAUUUAAAGGAAAGAGGAGGAGGUGGCUCCAAAACCAAUUUUAAUGGUGACUCCCAGAUUAUCAAGAAGAGCGGCAUUCAAAUCGAGAAAAGGGAUGUUGAUCUUCUGAGGAGGCAUGGGUACCUUCAAGCGGGUCAGAUGAACCCUCUGCACUCAUUUGUCAUGCACCAACAAGAGAUUACUCGGGGGCCUUCACCUCAAGUUGCACCGUCAGUGUUACUGCAGCAAAAUGUGUGAAGACUAAGAAUCCAUCUUUUGUUGGAAGAAAGCUACAGGUUAAUGACCAUAUGUAGUCUUUCUCCGCAGGCUAGUUCAGAGAUGCCUAAACAGAAUCAUGUAAGUGCCUACGGACGGUCCCCUGCUCAAAGUGAUCUGGAUGUUCAAUCUAGCAAUGGAGCUCAGUAGGGAUCAAGUACACCAUCGUCCUCUGUAAAUAAACAGGUAGGGGAUGUUCUUGUUAACUACAUUCUAAUGGAACUUGUUCAAAACGAUACUAUCUUAGAGAGUGCCCCUUUUACAUACAGUUAGUGGAAUCUAGCAAUGGAUCAGAGACAGGGCCGGCUCAACAUUUUUAGGGGCCCUAGGGCAAAAAAAAAUUUUUACCUUCUAAAAUUUAUAUACUUAUAAUAUAAAUUAUAUAUAAAAUUUAAUAUGUAAUAUUUUGUAUAUAUUUAUAAUGAAAAUAAAACUAUAUACAUAUCAAAUAAUUCUGGGCCCUUUUUAUUUUGAUUUAUUAUAUUUAUAAUUUUUUUAUAUAUAAAAAUAUAGAUUUAUAAAAAAAAUGAGCCCCUUAAUUAGUAUUAUACGGGGGGACACGGGCUUGGGCCCGGGGCGAUCGCACCGCUUGUCCCCCCAUUGAGCCGGCACUGAUCAGAGAAUAACUUUCAAGACAUUUCUUCACAGUUCCGUGAUGUGCUAAGGCUAGAUUCUUACAAAGUGGUGUUGCUAGCCAUCUCGAGGUCUGUCUCAUUGAUAGGUACAAGCAUACUUAUGAGAGGAGAAGAUUGAAGAAGAGUGAAGAGAAGAGAGGAGUCGCGGAGCUGAACGAGGAAGCUUGAAGAGUAAUAAAGGAUGAAAUAAAGACACGUGUGUGUUAAGUAGAGAGACUAUAAAUACUAGCUGAGAGUUUGUUAGACGGUUAUCGAGAGUUUACAAUUGUGAAUCUUAGCAUAUGAGCUGAGAGCUACUCAGGUGAUAGAGUAGUUGAGGAUUCAGGUGAUAGAAUCCUCCAUUGUUGUAAUUCUCGAGUUGCUUCAUCAAUAAAGAGUGUAUUUCCAGUAGAUACGAUCUUUGAUCUUACCAAUUGGUGCGGUGAAACUGGUUCGAGAUCACGCGACUGCGGCGGAGAUUUGGACGAUCACGGAGAAGACGAAGUUGCGAUCGAUCCGAUCUACGGCGGAAACGACGAGUUUCGAGAACGAUGUCGAAGGCGAAGAUAGCACCAGAGACUCCGAUGAUCGGUUCCGAAGAGGAAUUUGAGGUCGAGGAAUCCGAUAUGACGGUGGAUUUCUUGAGAGGUGGUUACUCGAGACUCAAUCGCGCGAUGAAGGAGGUAGAGAGUAAUCAGGAGAAGACGAAUCAAGAGCUCAACGCGAUGCGACAAAUCUUAGAGCGCCUUGAUCCACUACGGAAUCAACAACAUCAUUCACAGCCAAGUUCCUCCCGCGAUCAGGUACACUCUCGUCACUGGGAACGAAACCGGGAAGAACAAUCGCUAGGUUAUCGAUCUGGGAAUAUGAAUUUGGAUACUAGAGAUUCGAUGUUGAAAAAGAUACCAAUGCCUGUGUUCUCGGGGAAGCAACCUUACGUAUGGAUCACAGACGUUGAGAGAUGGUUUAGUAUUGGGAGAUAUGAGGAUAUGGAGAAACUAGAGCUUGUUGCAUUAAGUUUGGAAGGGUGUGUGAAGAAGUGGUUUGGCUGGGAGCUGAAGAGGAGUGGGUUUCAGAAUUGGCAAGAGUUCAAGGAGAAAUUGCUUUUGCGGUUCACUGAGUCUAUUGAAGAAGAACCAGCAAGUCGUCUCAUUGCACUUAAGCAAACAGGUUCAGUGGCUGAGUAUGUAUCUGAGUUCGAAGAGUUAUCAGAAUUGGUUCCGGGAUUAACUGAUGAGUUCUUGAUCAAGAUCUUCUACAACGGACUCACACAAGAGAUGAAAGAGGUAAUCAGAAUGAAAGAGCCUAAAGGACUGGAGAACCACAUCGCAGCUGUCUUGAGAAUGGAAACAAGCGCAUUCUGUAAAGUGGUCAGUGCAGGGGGAAAUCGUUAUCAGAACCAAUCUCAGUCAAAUGCGUUAAAGUCUUCAUCUGGCUAUAAUUCACACAGACUUUGGAGUGGGAAUGACAAACGAAAUCAGACUGCAGGUGGAGUAAGUGGAGCAGAGAAUCAGAAGAAAGAUAGCACCACGAGUACUACAACUGCGAAUCUGCGGCCUCGUUUGAAGCAUUCUAAGGAGGAGUUAGAUAGGAUGAGGAAGGAGUUCAUAUGUUUCAAAUGCGGUGCCAAUGGUUGGACAAGAGCACACAUAUGUCCCAAUAAGGAGAUGAGAAUCCUAACAGUCGUCAAUGGUCUGGAAAUGGAAGUUUUGGAGGAAGAUGAGAACUCGGAGGAAGAGGUGAUUGUGUAUGCUCCAGCUAAAGAAAUGAGGAUUCUUUCAUUGAAUUCGUUUGUGGGAAAGCAAUCACCAAGAACAACAAAACUUUAUGGGAAGAUCAACAACUACAACGUUAUUGUCAUGUUUGACAGUGGAGCUUCCCAUAAUUUCAUCUCACCUAAUACGGUGCAGAGGCUCAAAUUGAAAGUUUAUGCUGAUACGAGCCUCGACAUUCUGCUAGGCAAUGGAGCAACAGUUAAUGGCACAGGCGUGUGCAAGGCUGUUACUUUUCGCUUAGCAGAAACCGAAUUCAUUUCGGAUUUUAUAGCUUUGGAAUUGGGAAUGGUUGAUGUUAUUUUAGGAAUUCAGUGGCUAGAGACGUUGGGAAAAUGCGAAGUAGAUUGGAAGAAGCAGGAACUGUCAUUCGUGUAUCAAGGACACAGAGUGACAUUGUUCGGAGAUCCACACUUGCAUUGUUCUUCAAUCUCAUUAAAGUCACUGUCUCCUAUCUCUAAUGCUGAGACAAGAGGAAGAGAAGCGCUUUUGUUCUCAGCAAGCGAGGUAACCCCAUCCAUUCCAGAAAUUCCGAGAAAGCUGCAGUCCUUGCUGGAUGAGUUUGAUCAUGUUUUUGCAAUGCCCACGGGUUUACCACCCUUCCGAGGCUAUGAUCACGCAAUAAACUUGAAUCCAGGGGUGACUGCAAUAUCUGUACGCCCUUACAGAUAUCCUCACGCAACCAAAGUAGUGAUGGAGAAGAUGGUUAGUGAGAUGUUACAAGCAGGCAUAAUAAGAGAAAGUACCAGUCCUUUCUCCAGCCCAGUCCUAUUAGUCAAGAAGAAAGAUGGGUCAUGGCGUUUUUGUAUCGACUACAGAGCCUUAAACAAAGUGACAGUGCCCGACAGGUUCCCAAUACCGGUGAUUGAUCAACUUUUGGAUGAACUACAUGGCGCUACAGUUUUCUCGAAGAUUGAUCUGAGAGCAGGAUACCAUCAGAUACGAAUGAAAGAGACAGACAUCGAGAAGACUGCUUUCAGAACUGUAGGGGGUCAUUAUGAGUUUCUAGUCAUGCCAUUUGGACUUACUAAUGCCCCGGCAACAUUUCAGGCGUUAAUGAACUCCAUCUUCAGACCGUAUUUACGCAAGUUCAUAUUAGUUUUCUUCGAUGAUGUGUUGAUUUACAGCCGCAACAUGGAGGAACAUGAGCAGCAUCUGCGGAUUGUCCUACAGAUUUUAGCUGAGCAGCAGUUACUGGCAAACAAGAAGAAGUGCUCUUUCGGCUAAUCUCAAGUAGAGUACUUAGGCCACAUUAUUUCUAAAGAUGGAGUAGCCACUG